AUGCGCUUUUCCAAGCUCUUUGACUGGACCACUGCCUCGGACGGCUUGCCGUUCCCCAACACCAGCCCGACGCCGUCGACUCCUGACUUCGUCAUCGGUCUUGGCGACCCUUUCCGCGAGGCCUUCAACGCGGACCUGGUCGUCCCUGGUGCCUUCGUCCCCUCCACCCCGCCUACGCUCGACCGCCGCUCAUCGGCAGACGAAGCUCCCAGCGAUACCCGCAGCCCUUUGCCCGGUCCCUCGACCGCGCCUGCUGUCGGCAGCGGCGCUCCUAUCGGUCGCGACGCCACCGUCGACACCUGCAUUGAUCCGCCCAACCCCUCGGCCGCGCCUGCUGUCGGCAGCGGCGCUCCUAUGGGUCACGACGCCACCGUCGACACCUGCAUUGAUCCGCCCAACCCCUCGGCCGCGCCUGCUGUCGGCAGCGGCGCUCCUAUGGGUCACGACGCCACCGUCGACACCAGCAUUGAUCCGCCCAACCCCUCGGCCGCGCCUGCCCCCGACCGCCGCUCUUUGGUCCAACAGGGCGGCGCUCAUCGCGAUGGCCCAAACGACGCCAACAGCAACGCCGCGGGCGGUACGGCCAUCCCGAGCGCAAGCACUCGCGGCACCCGCCGCCAGCGUGACGACGAGGACGAAGAGGACCAGCGCCCGGCACAGCGCCGCCGCAUCGGCGACCGUCCGCAGCUCACGGAGAUCACCAACGAGCUGCACGACCUCCGCGCAACCUUUCACCGCAUGCAAGACAGGGUCGUUGUCGUGGAGGACAGAGUCGACCGCGUCGAGGGCCGCACCGACCAGCUCGAGACUCAAGUCGAGGAGCAGGCCAGCGCCGUCGUUGUCAACUCGCGGGCUGUCAUGCUGCUGACGGAACGAUUCUUCAACGUGCGAAUUGAUCCGAGCGGGGCCAUGAUCCCCCUGACCCCCGGCGCCGGCGUCUCCUUCAACGUUCCCGUCGCCGCCCGCGCUGCAGCCCCGGUCGCCAUCCCCGCCGGAGCCCCUGCCCCUGAUUCCGUCGCCGGCCCCUCCAACCGCCGUCGCCGGUCUCGACUUCGAGCGAGGAACCAGCUCAUCCCGCUCGGCGAGCAGGUCUGCUGGCUCUUCCAGAGCGGCGACUGCCAGGGGUGCGAGCGCCUUCACGAGUGCAAUAAGUGCUCUGGCAACCACCCUGGCGGCCGAUGCGGCCGUUGA